UUGAGCUUUCUUUAUAAACCAAACCUAAAUUUAAUUCUCAAUAUUCAAAUCAUCAAACGACGUUUUGUGCAUUAAAUUUUUCGACAUAAUUAAAGCAACACGGUGUUUUAAUAAACUCAAUGCAAAAUCCAGCUAAUUUUCAUUAAACAACAAAUACUCCUUUGCUUAUGACAAAAGCGCGUAAAGGCUUACGGUGAAAUUUGGAAAGUAGCUAAUUUGACUUAAUUCGGUUAUGGAAACAAAUUAAUUUUAUUUCCUUAAAAACAAACAAUUAAAAGUUUCAAUUUCUUUGACCGUUGAUUUAACGUAGCAUUGAAGCAUUUUCUCAGAGAGUAGAGAAGACGCUGCGAAACUCAGAAAAUUAAAUUUUCAAGCUCGGAAGGAAACUCUGAUUCAUUAUUACAGAUUCGAAGUUUCAGAGAAGAAGGGACAAGACAAAGUUUAACUGCUUACUUGUUGUGUUUUUGCUCUCUGGUCUUCAAUUGCUGAAGUUUUAUAACGGAGAUGUUUCAGUUAUGAUCUUACAGAUCUGAGGUUAUUGCAUAUCCACUCAAAUUGGGUAAUCUCAGUGAUCUGGAAUUUUGGUGGAAGCAAAGCAAAAUUUGUGUUUUUUUUGCUCGGCCGAUCUGGGUUUGAUCUAUUACAUCGUCUUCUCUGCUUUGUCUUGAAAUUAGCUGUGUUGUGAUUUCGAAAGUUUGCUACUUCUUCACGUUUAGUGUUCUUAGUUGGUAAAGUUUGGUACUUUCAGGAUACUGUCAUACUCAAAGUCUGGGACUUUUAGGUGUUUUUGAUUGUUCAUUUGGUGAUUGAUCAUCGUCUCUGAUCGUUACUUGGAGGAAAGAUUCCAAAUUUUUGAAUGAGAAGUUGAUUUGUUGAUCGGAAUUGAGAUGGCAACAACACCGGUUCAACCUCCGGUUUCAAAUUCUCCACCGGUGACUUCGCCGCCGCCGCCACUGAAUAAUGCUACUUCUCCGGCUACACCACCACCAGUAACAUCGCCGCUACCUCCGUCAGCACCUCCACCAAAUAGAGCUCCUCCUCCUCCUCCUCCGGUGACUACCUCACCACCACCAGUUGCUAAUGGAGCUCCUCCUCCUCCACUGCCAAAACCACCUGAGAGCUCUUCUCCGCCACCACAACCAGUGAUCCCUUCACCUCCUCCUUCAACUUCGCCGCCACCACAACCAGUAAUCCCUUCACCUCCUCCUUCAGCAUCUCCACCACCUGCAUUAGUCCCACCACUACCUUCUUCUCCUCCACCUCCUGCAUCUGUUCCUCCUCCUCGGCCAUCGCCUUCACCACCAAUCUUAGUACGUUCUCCUCCGCCCUCAGUGCGUCCAAUUCAAUCUCCUCCUCCUCCGCCUUCAGACCGUCCCACUCAAUCUCCUCCUCCUCCUUCUCCUCCUUCACCACCUUCAGAGCGUCCUACUCAAUCUCCUCCUUCGCCACCUUCAGAACGUCCUACUCAAUCUCCUCCGCCUCCUUCUCCUCCUUCACCGCCUUCAGACCGUCCCUCUCAAUCUCCUCCUCCACCACCAGAGGAUACUAAACCCCAACCUCCCAGGAGAAGUCCAAAUUCUCCACCACCAACAUUCUCUUCUCCUCCACGUUCUCCUCCUGAAAUACUUGUCCCAGGUUCUAACAAUCCAUCUCAAAACAACCCUACUCUUAGACCUCCUCUUGAUGCUCCAAAUUCUACUAAUAAUAGUGGAAUUGGUACUGGUGCUGUUGUUGGUAUCAGUGUAGCAGUAGCACUUGUGGUCUUCACUCUUUUUGGUAUCUUUGUCUGGUGCUUGAGGAAACGAGAAAAACGCCUUUCAGCUGUUAGUGGUGGCGAUGUUACACCAUCACCAAUGAGCUCUACCGCAAGAUCAGAUUCAGCAUUUUUUAGGAUGCAGUCAUCUGCACCUGUUGGAGCAAGCAAGCGUUCGGGCAGUUAUCAAUCACAAUCCGGUGGCUUAGGCAAUUCGAAAGCAUUGUUUUCCUAUGAAGAACUUGUGAAGGCAACAAAUGGUUUUUCACAAGAAAAUCUAUUAGGUGAAGGUGGAUUUGGUUGUGUAUAUAAAGGGAUAUUACCUGAUGGGAGAGUAGUUGCUGUGAAACAACUAAAGAUCGGUGGAGGACAAGGUGACAGGGAGUUUAAAGCCGAAGUUGAAACUCUUAGCAGAAUUCAUCACCGCCAUUUGGUUUCAAUCGUGGGACAUUGUAUCUCUGGUGACCGUAGAUUGCUUAUCUAUGAUUAUGUUUCUAACAAUGACCUUUACUUCCACCUUCAUGGAGAAAAAUCUGUUCUAGACUGGGCAACACGUGUUAAAAUUGCGGCUGGGGCAGCUCGUGGACUAGCUUAUCUUCAUGAAGAUUGUCAUCCGCGUAUCAUUCACAGGGACAUCAAGUCGUCUAACAUUCUUUUAGAGGACAACUUUGAUGCUCGGGUUUCUGACUUUGGCCUUGCAAGAUUAGCUCUUGAUUGUAACACUCAUAUCACCACACGGGUCAUCGGAACAUUUGGCUAUAUGGCUCCUGAAUAUGCAUCAAGUGGAAAAUUAACAGAGAAAUCAGAUGUAUUCUCCUUUGGGGUUGUUCUGCUGGAGUUAAUCACUGGACGUAAACCGGUGGAUACAUCGCAACCACUGGGAGAUGAGAGCCUUGUUGAAUGGGCCCGGCCUUUGAUAAGUCAUGCCAUAGAAACCGAGGAAUUUGAUUCUUUAGCAGAUCCUAAGCUUGGAGGAAACUAUGUAGAAUCUGAAAUGUUUAGAAUGAUUGAAGCAGCAGGAGCCUGCGUGCGGCAUUUAGCUACCAAGAGACCUCGGAUGGGACAAAUUGUGAGAGCUUUUGAAAGUUUAGCUGCGGAAGACCUUACUAACGGAAUGAGACUAGGCGAAAGCGAGGUCUUUAACUCAGCUCAACAGUCAGCAGAGAUCAGAUUGUUUAGAAGAAUGGCAUUUGGUAGCCAAAAUUACAGUACAGAUUUUUUCUCGCAUAGUAGUUACAAUAGCAGAGACGCAAACGUGUAAAUAUCAUACACAGAUUGUUCUUUUUCUUCUCUCGCCAUUAGUGGCACAAACCAUUAAGAAAUAUCCUAGUUGUGUCUCAAAAACUCACCAUCUUUCGCGACUAAAACCAGCACAUCAAAGCUGAGCCUUCUCAGAGUGAUUGAAACAGUAAGAAUCUCCCUCUGGUUUUGCCUUCUCUUGAUUUGUGCUCAUGUUUUGUUUCCUUAUUAUGGUUUAAACUAAAGACACUACUAAUACAAUAUGUAGAAACAGAGGAUUACAGAGGAGCUAGUGGUUGAACAGAAAGAUGAGAAAAAGGGAUAUAGAUGGGUACAAGAGAGGCUUCGUUUCUUACAUGAAAUUACUUUUGUAUCUAUUUUUUCUAUUCUUAUACGUUCAAGUUUGCACAUUAUGUGACAUUACUUAUAUAAUAAAUCAAUAAAAAUCAAUUUGUCUCAC